AUGCAGGUUAUCGUCUUCACCGCCGCUCUCCUGAGCAGCGCCGUCUCCGGCUACGUUCUACCCCGUAAUACCGAUUGCCAGACCACCUGCGGCUCCACCUCGACCACAAACUACACCAUCAUCGCCGGCGACACCCUCACGACCGUCGCCGAGCGCUACAGCUCCGGCAUCUGCGACAUCGCGACCCUCAACAACAUCUCCAACCCCAAUCUCGUCACCCCGGGCCAGAACCUCCUCAUCCCCACCAACUGCACCACGCCCGACAACGACUCGUGCCUCGACGUCCCCGCCGACCCCACCGAGACCUGCGUCAAGGGCCUCGGAUCCACCUACGACGUCCGCAGCGGCGACACCCUCUCCGCCAUCGCGACCAGCUUCAACAUCACCCUGCCCGCCAUCGUGGACGCCAACCCCCAGAUUGCCGAUAUCGAUGUCAUCGAGGUCGGCCAGAUCAUCAACGUCCCCGUCUGCCCGUCGUCCCAGUGCGAGAUUGUCGGGACCUAUAACAUUGUCUCUGGCGAUCUUUUCUAUGAUUUGGCCAGCACGUACCAUACCACCGUUGGCCAGAUCCUUGCUCUUAACGUUGGUGUGGACCCGACUACGUUGGUGGAGGGUCAGCAGAUUAUUCUGCCGCAGGGGUGCCAGAAUGUGACUACUGCUGUGGCGUAA